AUGCUCUCUCAUGAAGGCCUGAAGUCUCUCAACUCAUCUGAUGGAUUCUGGCAUCGGAAUCGGACUGCUUGCAAAGCCUCUGCUGAUGCAAGGUGUGGAUUGUACGAUCCCAUCGCAGAAAUUGUGCGCCAGAGGCCCCUUCGCAGAAAUGUCGGGAGCAGCAAUGCAUUUGCCGCAGCAAGGGCUCUCAUCAAAAAUUGCAUGAAUCCCAAGAAUCCCCACAAGCAUUGUCAAUAUUCUCGAGACACCGUCCUUCCAUUGCGAGUUCUCGAUGUUGGCCAACCAGGAGACCCUCACCCAACAGUCAAACUGAAGAUCAAUGAUAUGGACACCCGUGCCAAAUACCUGGCUUUGAGCUAUUGCUGGGGAGAGCAACUCGGCCCUACAGCGAAAUCACUUCAGCUACAGAAAAAUAAUCUCAAUCAACUGGUUGCUGGUAUCGAAUUGGGGAGUCUUCAACAAUCCAUACAAGAUGCCAUUUUUGCCACUCGCAAACUAGGCUUUCGGUAUCUUUGGAUUGAUGCCCUUUGUAUCAUCCAAGACUGCGCUAAAGAUAAGGAAACAGAGAUUUCACGCAUGGCAUCCAUCUACAAGAACGCUUCCGUGACUAUUGCGGCAUCCUCCUCAGAAAAUGCAGCACAUGGAUUCCUAACCCAGAAGAAACAACCUUAUUAUCCAGACUAUGAAGUCCGUAUUCCAAUGGCGAAUAAUGUUACAGGCACGGUGUAUCCUUCAACAGGUCCCUACGAGCCCGAUCAUCCUUUAGACAAGAGAGGGUGGACAUUACAAGAGUUCAUGUUAUCAUCAAGAAUGUUGAUAUUCUCCGACUACGAGCUUUUAUGGCAGUGCAAAGAAGUGGAUCUUCGGAGCGUUUCUGCAAGAGGGCUCGAGUAUCUUCAACUAUUGGAAAGUCUCCCAUGGACCGUUUUUGAUAAUGGCGCAGAACCCUUAUAUGGAAGUCACGAAGCUGAGAAACUUUAUCUCUGGAUGACCAUUGUUCGGCAGUACACAGGUCGCGAGCUGACAAAUACGGAUGACAAACUCAACGCAGUCAUGGGCAUAACCUCUGAACUUGAAACGCUGUGGCGUGAUAUAAAUAUCUAUGGACUCUGGAAGAAAUGGUUUAUAGACCUUCUAGCUUGGCAUAAACCGGAUAUUGGAAGAGAAGAAAGACGAAACCUCAAACGGGCGCCAAGUUGGUCAUGGGCAUCUCUGGAUGGUGCGGUCGUCUAUGAAGGGCCCAUCACCUCUAAAGAUGCCGCAGUCAAGUUCUUGACUAUGCAGACAGCAGUAUUGACAUGCCGUAUGCUGAAAGUAAAUGAAGUAAAAAAGGACAAGGUCAACACGAUAGUAGAGGGCACGGAUCUCGAGUUUCCUGAGGCAGAACUCCAAGAGACGGGGUUGAGUUUUGACGAUGUGGAAUAUUUGUUGUUGGGAGCAGUACAAAUAGGCGCUGAUACUGAGAAAGGCAAAGGGUUGCUUGUGAUUGAUGUUAGCGGAGGAUUUUAUCGGCGGAUUGGACUGGCUAACUUUGAGGACAUGGGGAUAUGGGAAGGCGUCAAUCGGCGAGACAUUACAUUUGAGGCGAGGAUCAGUAACUAG